CACUACACUAUACUACUACUAUGCUAUGCUUAGCUUAAACUAAACUCCACAAUAUUCACAACCCCCUCUCUAAACCCUAGCUAGCUUAGCUUUCUCUCUGAAAACUCCAUAGAUUUGAAGCUGCUCGGGAUUCUAUACAAAUGGUACCUCUCCUUUCUUCUUUCAACUGCAGAAUUUGAUUUUACUACAAGUUUGUUUUUGGGUAUUUUUUCUUUGUUUUUUUCACCAAUUAAAACCAUGGCUUCAGCUUGUAUAAACAACGUCGGUGUGUCGCCGGAGAAUUUUCUCGAUUGUUCUCCGACCAAGUACAAGUCAUAUGGUUGGUUGAGUCCUAGAAUAUCAACACCUGUGGAUAACCCGGAAGUAAUAUUAGAUCCGGAAGUUUCCGUCAAUGAAAUGGUGGAUUUCGAGUUCCGACUUGAAGAUCCGGUGAAUAUGUUACCGGCGGAUGAGCUUUUUUCUGAUGGAAAAUUAAUGCCUCUGCAACUCCCGACGGUUCGUCCGGCGGCUGUGUCUACGUCUGCCGGUGUAAGGUCGCCGGAGACGCCGAAAAUUCGUAUGAGAAAUAAUGAGAUUUCUCGUAAGGACCCGUAUCUGUUCUCUCCGAAAGCUCCAAGGUGUUCUAGUCGAUGGAGAGAAAUACUAGGGUUGAAGAAAUUGCAAAAUGACAAGCACGAAGCUACAAAAAACUGCUCCAAUGCUCAUAAAUCUCUGAAGAAUUUCCUCAAUCGCAGCUCGAAAUCAUCCACUGUUGAUUCGUCUCUUCAUCUUCCGUUGCUCAAUAAGGACUCCGAUAACGAGUCCAUAUCAAUUUCUAGUUCCCGUUUAUCUCUUUCAUCGUCUUCCUCUUCUGGCCAUGAACACGAUGAUCUUCCUAGACUUUCUCUUGAUUCUGAUAAACCAAGUACUCAAACAAACCACAAUAGCAAUCCUAAUCCCCCUAGAAUCCGAUUAGUGAAACAUAGAGCUUUGUCAUCGGAAAAUCCAAUCCCUACUCGAUUAGCUGGAAGCCCAAUAAACAAACAACCAGCUGAUUCUACUCUACGGGGACUCUCCAUUGAUGAUAGUCCUCGCAUGAAUUCUUCAGGGAAGAUAAUUUUCCACAACUUAGGAAGAAGCUCAAGUAGUCCAAGCAGCUUCAAUGGUGGACCAAGAUACAAACAUGGAGGUGGGGUGGAAAGGUCCUAUUCAGCUAAUGUUCGUGUUACUACAGUUCUGAAUGUUCCCGUUUGCAGCUCUCUUCGAGGUUCUUCAAAAUCUGGAGUUUUUGGGUUUCCCCUGUUUUCUUCUGCUACUGUAAACAAGAAACACCAUUGUAGCAGCAACACUGCAACAGGCCAUAGAAUGAAGUAAAUGGUAAUCAAAUCCUCAAUUUCAAUUAUUUUUUUUCUGGUUUUUACAAAUCUUAGAAGAUUAUGUAAAUAUGCAUGGAAUUAAUUAACUAAUCUUGUUUACAUGUUC